GAUGCAGCGAUUGAAUCUAGCGAAUCAUACAUUUCGUGUUGGUGUAUUUCAAUAUCCACCUUAUAUUCGAUUGAAUGAACAUGGACAAGUUGUAGCUGGAAUUGAAGGUCAUUUGUUAAAAAUAUUAGAAAAUUAUUUCAAUUUUACAUCAAUUUUGAUACGUUUUGAAAAUUAUGGUCAUAAAAAUCAUAAUGGAACAUGGACCGGAAUGAUUGGUGAAAUUUUUGCUAAUAGAAUGGACAUUAGCUUUUCAUCGACAGCAAUGAUUUAUGAACGAUAUGUUGAUAUUGAUUUUCUUUAUCCACAUUGGUUUGAUCGUUAUACAUAUGCUACAUUACCACCGGAUGAAUUAUCUGUUAAUAAUUUUGAUAUUUUUAUUCGUCCAUUUGGAAUGAAUGUUUGGUUUUGUAUUGGUUUAACUUUUUUGUUAUUCACAAUAUUUGAACGAAUAAAAUAUCUAAUGGCUAUUACAGCCAAUUUAAAUCGAUUUAGCAAUAUAAAAUCAUCUGCUAAUCAUCAUUUAGUACAUAUUGGUAUUCAUUUAUUAUUCAAUCAAUCAUAUCCAAAUAUAAAUCGAAUGAAUUUAGCAAAAAAAUUAAUAUUCAUUAUAUGGGCAUUAUGUACAGUUGUUUUGACAAAUUAUUAUUGUAGUUAUCUUUUUUCAAUGAUUUCUGUACCACCAAAUAUGGCAAUUGAUACGAUGGAUAAAUUAGUUGAUGCUUGUCAAUCACAUCAA